AUGGACGAUCUUUCCGAUCAGCAGAUUCAACAACUGCUCAAGGAUGCGGAACAAAGACUGAGAGCCGCCAAAGGCAAAAAAGGCUCUCAAGAUGCGUCGUCAUUCUUAACACAGAGACUUCCUACAAUUGCCUCCGACAAAACCAUUACUCCAUACAUUCAGAAGACCGACCAAGGCGCUCGAGUCAAUCCCUCGAUGCUAAUCAAUCCUGAAGUACGCAAACUCGCGAAUGGCAUCAGAACUGUCGAGGACCCCAUCAUGGCGAAGGCAAAGGCUGCAAAGAAUGCGAAAGCAAACGCUGGCGCCGAUUGGUACAAUCUACCAAAGACCAACCUCACCCCGGAGCUCAAACGCGAUUUACAACUGCUCAAAAUGAGAUCUGUUCUGGACCCAAAACGAUUUUACAAAAAGGAGUCUUCCAAAGCUUCUGUACCGGAGUUCUCUCAAGUCGGUACAAUAAUCGAGGGACCUACUGAGUUCUUCACUGCCAGACUCACCAAUAAAGAGAGGAAGCGGACCUUGGUUGAAGAGGUUCUCCAGAGCGAAAAACACUCCGGUCGAUUCAAGUCCAAGUACAACGAGAUUCAGGAAUCUAAAACGAGUGGCAAGAAGGCUCAUUACAAGAAGAUGAAGGCCAUCCGACGAGGAGAAAAAGUCUGA